AUGUUGAGCAAGGUGCAGGUGGAAUCUCACUGCACCUGUUAUACCGUCAUCUCACUAAGAUUUUUUAUACAGGUGGACCGACUAACGGACUCAUUGGGGAAGCGGAACGUUCUCGACAACGCUUAUUUUGAGGUGGAUGAGAUCAGGAGGCAAUAUCUUGCGGAUGAGGCAAAGAGGCAGGAAGAGGAAGAAGAACAACUCAAGCAUAAAACGUGGAAUCAAAACCGAGGUACUCACGUGGUUUCCAGUCAAUUACGUCAUCAACAGCCAUUUUUACAACAACGCUCCAGACCUUUCACCUGGGAUUUGAUCAACAACCAGUCGAUGACAUUAUCAUCAUCAUCUCCGUUUCAACAGCAACUCAGCAUACAACAGCCCAGUUUACAACAGCACAGCUUACAACAGCCCUGUUUACAACAGCAACUCGGCUUACAACAGCACAGCCUACAACAGCAACUCAGCUUACAACAGCCCAACUUACAACAACCUAACUUACAACAGCCCGGCUUACAACAGCCCGGCUUACAACAGCCCGGCUUACAACAGCCCGGCUUACAACAACCUAACUUACAACAGCCCGGCUUACAACAGCCCGGCUUACAACAGCCCAUCUUACAACAGCCCGGCUUACAACAGCCCGGCUUACAACAGCCACAGCGACCAACUCAAUAUCCCAACCAACUCCAACAACAGGCGCAUCCACCGCCCCAAUCGGCGCACCCACCCCAGCAGACGGUGCACCCACCCCAGCAGACGGUGCAUUCUCUGCCACCCCCGCCAACAAGUCAAAACCAACAAGCAGUUCAACCUAACGCCUGCCGGCUAUCCCAACAACAACAAGUGCCACCCAACUUAUGUCGGAUAUCAAAAAUGGCGACUGUCCUUCCGCUGCAGCGAUGCCCGGAUGUGGGUCACGGCUCGGGGCAGCAGAUGGAGGCGCACUCUCGUCUGGACAACGACCCGGCCAUCAUGUCCUACUCGUACAAGGCGGCGGCAGCGGCGGCAGGCAACAAAUGA